GUGGGAAUGACUUAAAGUAUAUAACACCGUCUAAAUUAAGUGUUAAUAUAGAAAAAAUAUAUUUAUAGUUAAUUUACGAUAGAGCGAGUUCAAUUUUCAAUAUGAAGAAAUUAAUGUUGUUUGGUUUUGCUCUUUUUGUGGUUGUUUUGGCUGUCAACACAGAAUCUAUAGACGACAAGUUGCUAUUAGGAAAAAAAUCAAAAGAACAUUACGACGCGUGUUCGAAUGAGUUCGGUAAACCACCGUAUUACAUUACAGAGGGAUAUGAAAACCUAAAAAAAGAAGACGAGGCGAACAUAGCUGCCUUUUUGCUCUGUUAUUUUAGAAAAUUAGGUCUUAUGUCAGAAAAUGGUAAUAUAAUUGAUGACGGAGUUCGAAGUUUGUACAUACAAAUAUAUGGAGAUAACGCUCGGCAAAAAGAAAUUAUAAACAACCUUUUGAAGAAAUGUAAACAAAUUAAUGACAAAAUUGGCUCCCAAUUGGCUCCAAAGUAUAAAGCUCUCGUUUUUGAACGAUGCACACAAAUGGAUUCCAUUAAGCCUGAUCAAAUAAAAUAUAAUCUAAAUUAAUCCACAUGUAUCGUCGCCCUCGGUAGGUAAAUUAUUAUUCCGAUUCCAUUUUUUUGCAAAAACUUACUCAAAAAGAGGUCCUUAUAACAAAUCCACAGGGUGCCAGGCGGAACCGUGGUCAAAAAAUUGUUUAAACAAUUUUUUUUAAUUCACAAAAACAAUGUUUUUAGUCCAGUCGGGUUAGACGAAUAACAGGCCUAACCUUGCAUUAGGAGCUGCCCCAAAUUUUAUUUUUCUAAUCUGUAGGGGGGGUCAAUAGUAGUGUAAAUUUAAAAUCUCGACUGAAUUCCGCCGUUGCGUUAGCCGCCAUCUUGAUUUUAAACGAGAACCGUUUUUGCUCAAUAUCUCCGCCAUUUUCAACUUUUCGACAAAAAGUAUAACAACCAAAAAUGUUGAAAAUGUAAUUUUCUAUCAUUUCUAUUAUUACAAUUUUUAGUGGACAGUAGAAAAUAGUGACAGUUAGAGCAUAAUUAUUGAAUUAUCUCGUUUAUUGUUAGUUUUACGACAUAAAUGGUUCUAUACAAAAAUAGGGAGAAUUAAAUUCUACAUAAUUUUAGUCUCUUUCAUUUUUUUGCUAAAGUUAAUAUUUAAGGUAGUAUGUAUGCGAUAAUGGCGCGAGCGUAAGACCUGAUUGAUUUUGUAGCAAUUGUUUUUGUUCAAUAUCUACGCGAUUUUCAACUUAAAUUGUUUCAAAUAUGAUUUCCUACAUUUCUUUUUAACAAUUUUUUUCAUGCGGUUAAUAUUUUCCGAGUUAAGUGGGAAAACAGUAAAAAGUGGUGGGGGGAGCAUAAUUACUGAAUUGAAUCUUUUUUCCGAGCUGCCCCAAAUUUUAUAAUUCUAUUCUUUAGGGGAGAUCAAUAGUAGUGUAAAUUUAAAAUCUCGACUGAAUUCCGCGCUUGCAUUAGCCGCAAUAUUGAUUUUAAAGGAGAACCGUUGUUGCUUAAUAUCUCCGCCAUUUUCAACUUUUCGACAAAAACGGCAGGAACUAAAAUUGUUGGAAACGCAAUUUCCUACAAUUUCUUUUCCACAAUUUUUUUUAUGCGAUCAAUAUUCUCCGAGGUAAGGAGGAAAAUAGUGGAAGCGAAGGGGAAGCAUAAUUAUUGAAUUGUUUCAUUUAUUAUUAACUUUACGACAUAAUUGUAGAUAAACAAAAAUAAAGAGAAUUAUAUUUUAUACAAUUUUUGAAACUUCCAAUGAAACACCAAUCAAACUAAGUACAUAAUUGACAUAAAUAAUAACUUAUAUGCAUUAAGUUCACUUAAUUUUAUGUAUUAACUAGCGGGUUUUAUUGGUUGAAUUUGUCUGUCCAUAAUUAAGUUUUAUGUCAGCUAACAUAUUUUAAAAUUUCAACAAUUUUUUUUUUAAAUUUUGGACCCCGUUGGGGGAAUUUUCCCAUUCCCCCUCUUAGACCCGCCCCUGGUUCUCUCGAAAAAUUGUAGUAAAUCGUAACUGCAACAAUUUCAGUCCUUACACUUGUUGUCGAAAAGUUGAAAAUGGCGAAGAUAUUGAACAAAAACAAUUGCUUUAAAAUCAAUCAGGUCUUACGCUCGCGCCUUUACCGCAUACGUACUACCUUAAAUAUUGAUUUUAUCAAAAAAAUGAAAGAGAUCAAAAUUGUACAAAAUUUAUUUUUCUUCAUUUUUGUAUAGGUUAAAAUUUGUUGUAAAAGUAAUAAUAAACGAGAUAAUUCAAUCAAUCAAUAAUUAUGCUCUAACUGUCACUGUUUUCCCCAUAACUCGGAAAAUAUGGACCGCACGAAAAAAAUUAUAAUAGACAAAAUUACAUUUUCAACAAUUUCAGCUUGUAUAUUUUUCGUGCCAAAGUUGAAAAUGGCGGAGAUAUUGAGCAAAAACGGUUCUCGUUUAAAAUCAAGAUAUCGGCUAACGCAACGGUCAAAUUCAGUCGAGAUUUUAAAUUUAUACCACUAUUGAACUCCUCUAAAGAUUAGAAUAAUAAAAUUUGGGGCAGCUCCUAAUGCAAGGUCAAAUGGUAUCCCGACUGGGCUAUUUCACUUCGCUCAAAUUUUUUUAUAUCAUUUGGGUCAUUCGGAGCAAAAAAGGUCUUUUGUGAUUUUUCUCUAAAAUUGAUUGUUGUCGAGGUAUACGCGUUUUAAAAUUUGAAAAAUGCAAAAAUGACCUAUUUUAAGGCUAAUAACUCAGUUAAAAAUUAUUAUUAUUAUGAAAGUCAGAAAUUGGCCAAAUCAAAGUUUAAAGCCUCCCUUCAAGAUCCUGAACAAAUUUGUGUCAUUAUUAUAUUACUAAGCGGUUAUUUUUAACUGUUAACAAUGAGCGCUAACCGCGUAUUGAGACGGCCGUCAAUGUGAGUGCGAGUGAGAUUCACCAUUGGACUGCCGGAGUGGUGCAUCUCUUUCACACUCACCAUUGACGGCCGCCUAAUACGCGGUUAGCGCUCAUUGUUCACAAUUAAAAAUAACCGCUUAGUAAUACAGUAAUGACACAAAUUUCUUCAGGAUCUUGUAGGGGGGCUUUAAACUUUGAUUUUAUUACUUUCUGACUUUCAUAAUAAUAAUUUUUAAUCGAGUUAUUAAGCCUUGAAAAAUAAAUCGUCAUUUUCGCAUUUUUCAAAUUUGAAAUCGCGUAUAACUCGACAAAAAUCAAUUUUAGAGAAAAAUCACAUAAGACCUUUUUUGCUCCAAAUGACCCAAGUGUUUUAAAAAAAUUUGUCCGAAGUGAAGACAUUGUUUUUGUGAAUUUGUUUAAAAAAAUUGUUUAAACAAUUUUUCGACCACGGUACCGCCUGGCACCCUGUGGAUUUGUUAUAAGGACCUAUUUUUGAGUAAGUUUGUGCAAAAAAAUCGAAUCGGAAUAAUUUACCUAACGGGGGCGAUUAUACAGCCUGGACUUAAUGUAAUUCCGUACAGGUUGGAAUAAAUUUUAUAUCAAAGUUUAGGUGAAAACAAAAGAUAGUACCCAGAAAGUAUAUAACUUAUAUAAGGGGAUCGUUGGGGAUAAUGAAAAAUUUACCAUUUUUGCACACAAUUUACUUUUUUAACUGCUGCGGUAAGCGGUAAUUCAUGUUUUUAUGAAGGUUUUUACCGUAAAGUGAAAGAUAAAAGCCUUCAUUUAAGACACAUACCGUGAGGACGUUUGAGUUGGAAUAAAUUCAUUAUCUUGAGAAGGGGAGAUCUUGUAGUACACUCGUCAGACCUCCAAACAGAGUCGAGCAUGUUGAAUGCUUGUUGAGCUUUUCGUAUCCUCAUACAAAUUUUGUUUUCUGUGCCUCCGCUUUCUGUUAUGACUCUUCCAAGAUAUGUAAAGUUUUCCUCAUUUUCAAUCUGCAUGUUGUCGAUAGUAAAUAUCGUGUUGUUGAUUGCCUUUAUUCUCAUUUCUCCUGGACUUGGUUUUACUAAUAUUAAUUUUCAAACCUAUUUUAUUGGUUUCAGUGGAAAGUUUUUCCAAUUGGUCAGCCACAUCUUUGAACCUUUGUCCUAAUAGGUAGAUUGCUUAGGCGUGUGAUUAACGCCCAUUGUAUACCUCUUGUGUCAAAGUCUACAGCUUUGAAGAGAACAUAGUCUAGAGCUAUGUUAAAAAGAAACGGAGAAAGCACGCAUCCCUGUCUAAAAAGACGUCAACGUCAAAUUCGUCACUGUUGAUCUUAUUGUGUGUCCCGCAUAUCGCCUCAGUGUACAGUGACUUUGUAAUGAAAAUUAUUUUAUGCUGGAUGUUUCUUAGCUCUACAAUUUUCCAUGCAUGAUAUAAGAUGAUCCAGCAUGAGAUAAGCUGUCAACGGCACGCUCGAAAUCAACAAAAACUAUGUAUAGGGGUGUGUUCCAUUCAACCGAUUGUGCCAUUAUUAUCCUCACUGUAUUACUGUGAUCUAAGCAGGAGGAUUCUGGUCUAGAGCCUGCUUGGUUAGCUCGAAAUUCAACCUUGUUUGUUGAUCUUUAAGUAUGAUGGUCGUUAAAAAACGGAAUCUCGGGAAAAAUGGUCCUACAAAAACUUUAUUCUGUUUUAGACGUGUGACAAAUUGUCAGAAACACGAAUAUCGAAACAGUAUUUCAAAAAUUUUAAUCCCCGCGACGUUAUUAAAAAACAAGUUAAAAACAAAUUAGAACAAUUUUCAAACGCCAUUUUGGAGGGGAGUUAAAUUGAAAUUUUGAUUUUUGAAUGAAUUUAUCGAAAACAUACAUAAAAAAGAGAAAUAAAACUUAUACUUUGUCGGCAAUAACCGCGUUUUUUUGCAAUAGUUUUUUUUUCUUUAUACAUAUUGGAUUCAUAACACAACAUUUCCUGCAAAAUAAGUUUUUAUAGUGCUCAUUUAUAACGCAAAUAAUAAUUUUGUAAAAAUUUGUUUUUCGAGCUUUAUUUAAAAUUAUUUAAAUAAAUGAGGGGCCAAAACUUAAUCUUAUAUGAAAGCUUUUUCUUUCAACUUUGUAGAAAAAUAUCUUAAAAACCUUCAUAAAACAUGAAUUACCACAGCAAUUAAAAUAGUAAAUUAUGUGAAAAAUAACCCAUUUUUCAUUAUUUAAAAAAUGAUCCCUCAUAUAUAUCUAUAUCAUACACUUCCAAGCAGUGGCGGAUCCAAGGGGGUGUCACGGGGGUCAUGACUCAUGUCAUAACCCCCCUACAGACGAAAAUAAAUAUUAAUUCAAUAUUCCUAAAAACAAAUGAAAAACCGAGAGCCGUUAAACAAAAAAAAAAAAAAAAUUUAGGCCCACCCAAAAAAUAAUUGAAACCCACUUAUCUUAGGGGUAGUAAGACGAAGUGAAAUUGAAUCAAAGAAAAGUAAUUAAAUCACCCUCAAUAUCCAUGACCCCCAAAAAAAAUUUUUUGAUCCGCCACUGCUUUCAAGAAAGUUUAUGAUAUAUAUCAAUAAUCUACUAACUUGAAAAUAUCUUUUGUUUUCAACUAACUUUGAUGUUCCAACUUGUACGGAAUUACGUUUUGCAUUGCAAUUACAUCUAAUUUUUUUAUUUAUAAUGAUAUCCCUUCUACCAUACAAUGGUGUAGGGUUAUACAAUGGUGUAGGGUUAAUUACAUCUAAUAAUUUUAUUUAAUUGGUAUUUUAUUGAAUUAAAUUAUAAUAAAAAUUUAAUAACCUAA